GCACACAAACCCAAUCCAUAGAAACACUGAAACAAAAAAACUCACUCAGUAGCUCAGUAGUGAAGUGAAGCAGCUCCAUCAAAUCAAAAAGCAAAAUGCAAACGACACCGUUUUCUCCAUCGCACUGAUCUCAACUCGCCGGAAAACUCUACCGGACUUUCUCUUCGGCUGUCACAAUCACUUUUCUGAAGAUGAUGAUGAAUUUUGCAUAAACUUAACCUAGCUGACGAAAAUGGCGAAAUGGAAGAAGAAGAAGAAGAAGAGAGCGAAAACGAGUAAUGAUAAUAAUAUUGAUAUUAUUAGUAGUGUUUAUGAUGUACUUAAUUGUGAUGAUAUCAUGCAUGAGAUUCUACUUCGUGUACCACCAUCAACUGUCUUCAAAUCAAUCCUUGUGUCCAAAAGAUGGCUCCAUUUUAUAUGCACUUCUUCCUUUCAUCGUCGUUAUUUGACUCAAUGGGGCCAAAAUUAUCGUCAAUUAGGGUUUUUUGUAUGCAACUUUCUGUAUCUUGGAAGGCCUCGUGAUGGUUAUCGUCGUCCUUCUUGGGAGCCUGCACUUCCGUUUUUGUCCACUUGUAAAGAGGGUGAUGAUUUGGUGCGUUCUGGAAUUCUCAAAAAACUUGGUUACUUUAUGGAUUCUUGUAAUGGUGUUAUACUCUCUGGUGUACACCCGAAGACUUACUAUGUUUAUGAUAAGAUGAGCAAGCAACGGUUUCAGCUCCCGGAGCCUCAGCAGUUUUAUAAAACUCUCUGUAUGGCGUUGAUUGUUGAGGAAUAUCUUGAGGGUGAUAUUUGUUACAAGGUGAUCCGUGCGAAAUGUGAAUCUAAGCUUAAGGAACGCAACACUGCAUCGGUUGAGACUUACUCGUCGAAAACUGGGAAAUGGAAGCAGUCUACUCUGAUGUGUUCUUCACCUUUUUCGUUGCGCCCAAGGACUGUAGGUAUGGUGGUUGCAGGAGUUGUGCACUGGCUUGCAAUUUGGGGAAAACUUGCUAUUUAUGAUCCGCGUUUAGGGGAUAGGAAUGUAGCUUUGGUUAAAUUACCGGCUGGUGUGUUAUCACAGGAGCACGAGGAAUCUGUUCUUGGGGAAUCGUCAGAUGGGCUAUUGCAGUAUGGUCAGAGCAAUAAUUUGGGUUUGGAGAUAUGGGUUCUUGAGAAGGAGCCAGCAGUUAACCCAUCCACUUACUGCAACUGUACUCAUUUGAAGUACAAUUGGAUUCCGAGGUGGAGAUUGAAUUUCAAAGCAAUAUGGAAGCAGAUACCAACCUUUAGCUUGUAUUUUAAAGAGACUCAGAUACUAUCAUUUCUUCCUAAGAAUUCUGCAUCUGUGUUUAUUAGACUGGGCUGGAACAUUUUCCUGUGUGAUUUGGAGACCAAGACAGCAGAAGUAGUUAAUUAUCAGGGUCGAGGAGCGUCCAUUUCAUGGGAAUCUAGUAAAGUGGUUCCUUACUUUCUGCCUGCUUGGCCACGCUCUUCAUCCGUGUCAUGAUAGAAUGGAACAUGAUUUCCGUCGAGUUGAAGGCUCGUCUUUUCUAUUUCUAGAUGUAAUCUUUCUUUUCCAGUUUGUUUUUAAUCAGGAUUGAUAAAUGGAAGUGAAACUAAGCUUUAAGCAUCUUUGUUCUGUUUUAAAGUCUAGUGGUCCCGCGAGCCUUCAUUUUGCUUUAUAUGAUCAAUGGUGUGUACUGUAUAUGCUGAUAAUCUUCUGGUUAAUCAAGUACUAAAAAAUAUUGCUCUUCUGAUCA